UGUGAAGGCCGGUUUAGUAUCUAUCUGAUUCAGAAUUGCGCUCGAUCGUCGUUCUCAGUUUUAGACCAGAUUCGGAUAUCGUCGGGAAAUGGCGUACUCAAUUAGUACUAGUACUAGUACUAGUAACGCUUUCCGGUGUCACUACUCCGAAACGCUGCGUUUUGCUCCCCCACAACAUCAAUGCGGCCGCAUAAACCCUAACCCUUCCUCUCUCCUCUCCUUUAAUUCCUCUCCCUUCCUCCUCGCUCAGAGUCCGGUUCCUUCUCUUUCGCCUGUUUCACGGCGGAAUAUUGCUAAAAUGGCGGCGUCGGAAGGCUCGAUUAACGGAAGCAAUAGGAUGCUGGUAUUCGUGCCACCACAUCCUUUGAUCAAACAUUGGAUCUCUGUCCUGAGAAACGACCAAACUCCUUGUCCUAUUUUCAGGAAUGCAAUAGGUGAACUAGGGAGACUGUUGAUGUAUGAAGCAUCUCGAGAGUGGCUGCCAACUGUUGUUGGAGAAAUCAUGUCUCCGAUGGGUCCUGCUUCUGUUGAAUUCAUUGAUCCUAGAGAGCCUAUAGCGGUUGUUCCCAUUUUAAGAGCUGGCCUUGCUCUUGCGGAACAUGCAUCGACAGUUUUGCCAGCAAAUAAAAUAUAUCAUUUAGGAAUAAGUCGGGACGAGAAAACACUUUUGCCUUCUGUGUAUCUUAACAAGCUGCCUGACGAAUUUCCCAAGAAUUCCAGAGUGUUCUUGGUCGACCCAAUGCUUGCUACAGGCGGUACGAUAAUUGCAGCGAUGGGUCUGUUGAAGGAACGUGGUUUGUCUGUUCAGCAAAUCAAAGUGAUUUGUGCGGUUGCUGCACCUCCUGCACUAUCGAAGCUUAAUGAGAAGUACCCCGGGCUUCAUGUGUAUGCUGGAAUCAUCGAUCCUGAAGUCAAUGAAAAGGGGUUCAUAGUCCCUGGGCUUGGAGAUGCUGGAGACCGCAGUUUCGGGACAUGAAAACAAGUUUUGUGGUUCACGUUUUGAUGAAGUGAUUCUUGUGUUUGUCUAGAGGUCUAUGAGAAGAGAUCAACAUGGAGAAUAUGCGUUCCUCAUUAUAACGAAACAAAGAAAAAAACUUGUAAAACACACCAGUUUUUGCUUCGUCGAGAUUUAUCAUUGUUUGUCGCUUGCUAGUGAAACAACUUCUGUCUACAAAACAAUUUUUUUGAAAAAUAUUGUUUAAAAUCUGAAAUACUAGUGAAUCAAUCAUUAUACUAUAAUCUUAUAACU